UCGUAAAUGUUGCCGUCCCUGCAUUCAGCAACUCAGAUUGACCAUAAAUUAGAAAACCAAUUACAUCAUCAGCAUUCAGCAACAAACAGAUAAGCCCCAUAAUUGUAUAUAAAAUAUGAAGAUUCUCUCUUCCUUGUUUUCUCACAUAAAAAUCAACUAUACUCCAAAUAAAAUACUGAAUGGUUAAAGGUCGUCCUAAAAAUUACUAACCAUCGUCUUAACUUAAUAUGUAAUUUACCGAAUUGUCCAUUUUGAAUUUCAAAAUCAAACACAAAACAAACAACCCCUCCCCUUCCAUAAAUCUAAAAAAAAAUAUAAACCAAAAUCCAACAAAUUAUCUUAUGGACCGAAUCAUAAAUCGUAGUAAAAGAAUAGAAAAUUAUUGAUGUAAACCAAACAAAUCCAAAAAAAUUCCGAAACCCCUCAACGAAGCCAAUUUUCGGUUGUACCAUGGUGCAACCGAAGGUGAUUUUCGGUUGGUCCAUGGUACAACCGAAAAUUGGCUUCGGUUGAGGGGUUUUGGCCUUUUGGGUUUUUUUGAAAAAAAUUCGGAUUUUUACCUCGUCGGAGUCGCUACUCAUGAUUCGGACGUAUUCCCAACGAUUACGACUCGAGAAUAUCAACGAUGAAUUCGAGAGUGUGGGAAAUUGAGUGUUUUUCAUUUUUUUUAGUUAAAAUGAUGUUUGUUUGCUAAAGAUGACAAAAGGUUAAAAGUGUAACUUUGUUAUUUUUUAGGACGAUCAAUAGUAAUUUUAAGGACGACGUUUAUCAAUUCCCAUAAAAUACUACAUGGAAAAAAGAAAAACCUUAUAAAUAUUAUACAGAUGAUGAUGGGAGAGAUCAACGGCCGGCUAAUGGGUGUCCAGACCCUCUGGCACAGCUCUCAGAAGAUGAAGAAGCCUUCAUCUUACGAUCUGUUAGUUGAGCUAAUCAUAUGUUGGUUAUGGUUAUGGUUAUGAUAAUGCUUUUAAGUUUGUUAAUUAAUAACAUUGUUAAUAUAGUAACAACUUAUGCCGUUAGCAGAAUAAUUAGGUUGAGGAGAAUUGUGGAUUAUGAUUUUUGACAGAACAACCGUUGCACACCCCUAUAAAACCACAACAAAAAGGCAAUGUGAAGAGAUAGAAAAUCCACCACUCCUAUAUCUUGAACGAGAAGAGAAGCUCCUCCUCCCCACGCAGAUCAGCAAUGGGAACCGAACACUGGCUAUUCCUUGUACUGAUCUCCCUCUCCCUAGCCGCCAUCUUCCACAAACUCCAAUCCGGCAGAGUUUUCAAAUCGCCGGCGGCCAAUCUCCCGCCGGGACCCCGCGUCCUCCCCAUCGUCGGCAGCUUCCGAUGGCUGCGGUUGCUAAUGUCGCCACUCGAACUCCGCGCCGCCGGCCGCUCCCUCUACGCAAAACUGGGCCCAGCCUUCACCCUCCACUUGGGCCCGCGGCCCAUGGUCCUCAUCGCCGACCGUAUUCUGGCCCACCAGGUCCUAGUCCAGCAAGGCGCCGUUUUCUCCGACCGGCCCAAUUCCCCACUGGUUCGCCGCAUCGUGACUUGUAACAGUCGCACCAUCACCUCUUCACAUUACGGGCCCACGUGGCGCACUCUCCGCCGCAACCUCACGUCCCAAAUCCUCCAAUCUUCGCGCGUGAAGUCAUACACCGUAGCCCGACGCCAGGCCCUCCUCCUCCUCCUCACCCGCCUCGCCGACCGCGCGUCACGACCACGACCCGUGGCCGGACUCUUCCGAUCGACGAUGUUCCGCUUGCUCGGCUCCAUGUGCUUCGGCUCGGUCCACGACGACAAGCAGAUCGACGAGAUUGGGCUGGCCAUGCGCCGGCUGCUUGCAUACGUGAUGAGCCCGUUCAAUAUCCUCAACUUCUGCGCGGCCCGAUUCAGCAAGAUCUUAUUCCGGGCCCAAUGGGCCGAGCUGGAGUCGGUUCUCCGGCAGCGGAGGGACGCGCUGCUCCCUCUGAUACAGGCCAGGAAGUCGUCGGGCUGCGGCGGCGGCCGCGAUUUGGCCUACGUCGACACUCUGUUCGAUCUGGAUCUCGUAGAAGGGGGAAAUGGUGAAGAGAGGAAGCUGGGAGAGGAGGAAAUCGUGAGCCUGUGCAGCGAAUUUCUGAUGGCCGGUACGGACACGACGACGACGGCGCUGGAAUGGAUCUUAGCGAACGUAAUUGACCGUCCCGACGUGCAGCGGAAGUUGAUUGACGAGAUGAGGGAAGUGAUUGGGGAGGGCGGGAUUGUCGAGGAAGGGGAUCUGGAGAAGCUGCCGUACUUGCAGGCGACGGUGCUGGAAGGGCUCCGACGGCACCCGCAGGGUGCGAUUCUGCUGCCGCACGCGGCGACGGAGGAGGCGGCGGUCGUUGGUGGGGGAAGAAUUCAUGGGUUCUCGGUGCCGAAGAAGGGGAUGGUGACCGUUCUGAUGGCGGAGAUCGGGUGGGAUCCGGAGGUGUGGGAGGAUCCGAUGUCGUUUCGGCCGGAGAGGUUUUUGGGCCGAUGUGGAUUUGACAUCACGGGGAGGAAGGGGAUCGAGAUGGUGCCGUUUGGCGCUGGGAGAAGGAUGUGUCCUGGCUAUGCUCUGGCGCUGCUUCAUCUGGAGUACUUUUUGGCCAAUUUGAUUUGGAGAUUCGAGUGGACGGCGGCGUCAGGGAGUGGAGGAAUCGAUAUGUCGGAGAAGGAAAAUGUUAGCAUUGUUAUGAAGUAUCCAUUACAGGCCUAUUACUGUCCCAAUGUCGCUUCUGGCUCUGGGUAUGAGUUGAGUGGAGGAUUACGAACUAAUAGCAGCUCCGAUACGACUUUAGAAGAACUUCGAAUUAACAAUAUGUGCUACAUUAGUCCUAGGUUUAAUCAUUAAACAUAGAAUGUAUAUUGCUAUUGAAUUUUUUUUUUUUUUUUGGCUAAGGUAGGAUGUAUUAGAUAGGGAAUUACAGAGAGUUAAACAAAAGAUAGCGGAAAUCAGCCAAAUGUUGAUUAGCCGAUGCAAGAGCUGUUUUUGCCACGCAAUGGGCAGCCCUGUUAGUUCUACGGGGAGAAAAAACAAAACUAACAAACGCGAAAGAAGCUUUCAUCAAUUUGAUUUCUUCAAGAAUCGCCCCGCCACGGUUAUGAUCCAGUGACCCCUCCGAGGCUCGUCGAAUCACCAAUUGAGAGUCCCCACAGAAGCAAACAGAAAAAAUACCACGAGUUAAACACCAAUCCAUCGCAUCCCUUAGGGCUAGAAGUUCCAAAAUAAAGGGAUCCGAAAGACCACCGUAGAACUUACCGUAUGCACACGCUAUUGACCCAGACGGAGAGAAUCCGACAAACCCAAUACUGCCUCCCAUACCUUGGCGUGUGGCGCCAUCAAAACGCAGCAGCAAUCCACCCUGGGGACAAGAAGCGACGACCACCCCCGGAGUAUGGCGGUGAAGGGGCUGUCCAGGACGCGUCGGAGAGGCGGUGGCAGCCACCCACUCCUGUACCUGCUGCCGAAAUUGUCUAACAAGGGGGCCAGCCAUGUAUUGGACCCGAUCAUAACAUGCCCAGCAGCGAGAUUUCCAGAUGCGCCAAGAGAGGAACACUAGCUCGGCAAUUUCUACUUUACUCAGCUGCAUCGAAGUCAACACCCGGGCCCAAGCCACAUCAACCGGAAGUGCCGCUAGCGCACACGGAGAGGGGAUUUGCCCACCAGAUCCCAUACUUCCCUUGCCACCCUGCAAUCAAAAAAGCAAUGGGAGAUAGUUUCCGAAGCUGCCGAACAGACUGGACAUUCAUUGGUAUCACUAAGAGACUUAGCUUGGAGAAUAGACAUGCAAGGGAGGAAUCCACGCACAGCCCGCCAAAGGAAAACACGUAAUUUUGGCGGCACUGGCAGACUCCAGAGAACCUUCCAGAAUCGUGUAUCUAGGUGAGGCGGCAGAGUAUUGAAGAUCCCAGCCCGAUCAUCAGAAAGAAGGUGAUAACCGGAUUUCACCGUGUAUUCUAUGUUUGGUCCUGAUUUUAGAAAUGGCCUGAUUUUAGAAAUAAUUUUUGUUUUCAAAAGCUGAAGCAGAUUCCAAACACAUCUAAAAGUUCGGUUUUUGAAAAGUCGAAAAACGAUUUUGUAUAACUUAAAAGCAGAAGCUCCGAUUUGGAGCUUUUGCGAAAAAACUGUUUUGAGAAUACAAGAUUAUCAUUACCGUAUUUUAAUUUUGUUUCAGAAAACAUAAUUUUUCUUCAUUUAUAUCAUUCUAAAAAUAAAAUAAAAUAUAAAAUCAUAUUACUUAAUAUAAAAGAAAUCUAACAAGAUCCAUUUUGACUACUUUUUAUUGGUUAUAAUUUUUAUUCAUAUUUUAUAUUAUAAGUCCUUUAUAUUCAUUUUACACAACCUCUCAUAUUAAAAAACACUUAUAAUAGUUUUACCGUCAAACACUCAACUGUUUUUUUUUUUUGUUGAAAAAUACUUAUCUAAAAGCUCCAGCCAGAAGCUGCUUCUGCAAAAACUACAACAGGACCAAACUAGACAAUAUGGCCUUAGUUUCCCACUUUGGUUUGUUUCGUGAUAAAAAUAAUAAAGGAUAAUCGUUUGUAUUAUUCGAGUUGUUCUUUGUAUUGUGUUUCAUCUAAAAUAGCAUUAGUGUCCGAAAAUGUUAAAUCGAAAAAAAUAUAUCUGAAUCUAACAAAUUUAGUUUUCAUAAUAAAUGUCAGAAGUUUGCAGAUCACAUUAAAUAUACUAGUCAGACAUAAAAAAAAAAUUAUGUAUAAAGUCUCACUUUAUAU